AUCCUAGGGCACUAUGGAUUAAUGUUUAAGAUAUCUGUUUGCUUCAGUAGGCUACUUUAUGAUCCCCAACCACACCCAAUCGUCUUAUUGCACUGCAGGACGAAAACGAAACGAAAGAGAGUUGGCAGCCCUGCAUUAUGUUUGUGCCAUUUCUGCUGAGAAAAUGGGGUGCGUGAUUCAUGAAGGAACCUGUCCAAACUUAACUGGGACCCACUGUAGAUCCUCCUCCAAAUGGACAUUCCUCUGGUACAGAGUUGUUCCCUACAGAGAGGACUUGCCCUAUGUCCAGUACAGAUGGGGCCAUUACUCUGCAGAGCUCCUCCCAGACAGCAGCAGAGGAGCUGGACGCUACACUCUCAGCUGCUCCUAAACACACUGGGCUUUAUGUGUGCAGAGCAGAGAUAGGAGACCCAGCCUAUCAGACAGACUACAGCAAUGCUGAGCGUAUUUGGGUUGUAGGUCUUUCUCCUCCAGCCUCUCUGGUCAUCACACCCAACAGACUUCAACAUUUCGUACACAACUCUCUCUCCAUGAGCUGUGUGGCACAGGACAAGUCAGGCAGAUGGAAGCUAAGAUGGGAGACAGGGAGAGCCGAAGGACCAGAGUGUCCUCAGGAGUGGACGUCAGAGGCAGCGUCCACAUGCAGCAUCAGAAGCCUGUCCAGUCAUGACAGUGGGAUGUACUGGUGUGAGUCUGAGUCCAGGGAAUAUGGACCCUUUCAACAAGACAACAACGUGAUUCUGGACAUUCCUGCCUACCCUGUGACUGAAGGAGAUCCUAUGACUCUACACUGCAUAUUCCGGAACAGUUCCGCCUACUCCGCUGCUGAUUUCUAUAAAGAUAAUUCACUCCUUCAGAGCCAGACCACAGGAGAGAUGACUAUCACUGCAGUGUCCAAGGCACAUACGGGCUCCUAUAGGUGUAAACAUUCAGUGCUGGGACAGUCACCAGGGAGCUGGAAGACCGUUAUCAGUGAGAUAUUUUUUAGUCCUUGUUUACUGAAACAGUUGAUUAUACAGCAGAGCCGGAGUGAGGCACUUAAUUUUACCGGGAAAUUAUGGGGGGUUAAGCUUUCCUGGGUGACGUCCCAUCAACUCACCAGAGGAAUGGAGGCUAAUCGUGAACAUGUCCGUAAUGGUCCCUCAAUAUUGAGCAUCAAACCACAACUCAUGAUAUUUCCACACAGCUGGGUAACUGAGGGGGACUCAGUGAAUCUGGCUUGUGUGAUUGGGAACACCUCCUUGAACUGGACAUUCCUCUGGUACAGAGUUGUUCCCUUCAGCAAGGACUUGCCUUAUGUUGGCCUGAGACAAAAACAUUACUCUGCAAAGCUCCUCCCAGACAGCAGCAAAGGAGCUGGACGCUCCUACACUCUCAGCCCUGCUGCUCUUCAACACACUGGGUUUUAUGUGUGCAGAGCAGAGGGAGGAGAUCCAACCUAUCAGACGGGUUUCAGCAAUGUUCAUCCUCUUUCGAUUAGUGGUCUGUCUUCUCCAGCCUCUUUGGUCAUCAGACCCAACAGAUCCCAACAUUUUGCAAAUGGCACUAUUUCUGUGAGCUGUGAGUUGCAGGACAACUCUACCAGGUGGAAGCUAAGAUGGCAGACAGGACAAUAUGAAAUUACAGAGUGUCCUUCUGGGUGGACUUCAGAAGAAGCGUUCACAUGCAGCACCAGACACCUAGCCCCUCAUGACACUGGGCUGUACUGGUGUGAGUCUGAAUCUGGACAAUACAGCAAUCUUGUCCACAUUACUGUGACAAAAUAUAACACUGUGAUUCUGGAGAGCCCUCCCCACCCCGUGACUGAAGGACAUUCGUUGACUCUGCGCUGUUUAUCUCGGAACGGUACCUCAGUCAACGGUGCUGAGUUCUAUAAAGAGAAUUCACUCAUCCAGACCACGACUACAGGAGAGAUGAGCAUCCCUUCGAUCUCAAAGGCACAUGAGGGCCACUACAAGUGCAAACACCCAGAGCUGGGAAGGACACCACACAGUUGGGUCAUAGUCAUCAGAUCUCCCAUCUCAGUGUUCAGACUGGUCAGGUCUUUAGUGGUGGUCUCUCCAUAUCUGCUGGUAACUGUCAUGCUGGUGGUCCAUUGCUUGAAAUCUAAGAGUCGAUCCAAAGUAGACGAAGACAAGGGAAAACAUGAAGUUUCAGAGGCCGAAACAUGCAUAUAAAGCUCUUCAUGAUGCAGCACCCCGAAACAUGAAUAUAAAGCUCUUCAUGAUGCAGCACCCCAAAAUAUGUAUAUAAAGCUCUUCAUGAUGUACCACCCAUAGAUAUUUGAAAGCUAGAUACCGCAUUGUCCGUUGAGUUCUAUUAGGUAGCAUCGUAAGCGUGGCUGCAAUAUUGCUGGGGCAACUAUUUUACUGUCUAUGGGCAACACUUGCCAGGAAUCAGAGACAUCUGUCUGAUUUUCAAUCAGAGACACGUUUCUCCAUCGGCCUCCAGUGAUUGUUGCCCCCACCAAGAUGGCGUCGCUAUUUACGUACGCUCUGGAGCCCAAUGCAUUAUCUAGCUUUCUAAUAUCUAUGGUAGCAUCUCGAGACAUGUAUAUAAAGCUCUUCAUGACUUAACACCCACUUACAUUGUGGACUCUGUCUUUUUAUGUCCCUUAAGAUACCUCUUAGAUAACUAAACAUAUAUUUUAGCCAAUUAGUAAUAUUUUACUCUUUUCAUUGUUUCUUAUCUAUGUUUUUAUUAAUUUUAUUAUUUCAUAUCUUAGUUAUUGUUUUUCAAAGUGGUUUAUUAUUUUAUUUGAAUUUGAUAAAAUAUAAGGAGGGUUCACAUUUGUUUAUUGCUCUUGUUUCACAGAACUUUCGUAUUUUUAAGUAUUAAGAUAUUUACUUUGGAGCAUUUGUUACAUUUGCUAGAUUUAUCAUAGUUUAAAAUGUAAGUCAAGGCAAACAUGUAUUUUGGCAUUUGCCUGGUAUGUUAUUUUAGUAAUGACAAUAACUGCGCUGCAAAUAACAUGUUGCAAAAAAAUAGCAAAAUAUGAAGUUACUCACUACAAUUUUUUUACUCUCACUCCAGUAUGUAUUUGUAUUUGUGUGAGUACUAGAACUUCUACUUGAGCCAUUAUAAUAAUAAAGUAACAUGACUUUUA